AUGAAUCCAACACUGGCCAACUAUGGAAGACCAUUAACAUCUGCUUUUAUUGAAUCAGAAGGUGAACAACUUAAUAAUAUCGAAUUCAUCGAUGUAUCGUCAAUAACAACAUCAAAUUUAGUAUUAUUUCAAAGUCCAUUUGAUGGAACUGAAGAAUGUGAUGAUUUAGAUUUAAUCACUGGACGUAUUGGUGAAGAAAUGGUGUAUGAAUAUUUGUUAAAUAAAUAUUCUGAUCAGUUAAAUUUAGUUUCUAUCAAAUGGGAGAAUCAAUAUAGAGAAACUCACCAACCUUAUGAUAUUUCAUUAACUAAACAUGGAAUUACACAUUACAUUGAAGUAAAAUCAACACGAACAUAUAAUCAACAUAUAUUUCCAUUAUCAAUUAAUCAAAUUGAAACUUUUUUAAAGCAUAAAGAAAAUUAUUUUAUUUAUCGAGUUUAUAUAGACGAGAAAAAAUUCAUCAUUUUAGAUAAUAUUCGAUGGCGUUUAAUACAAAAACGACAAUUGGCUUGUUUACUAAGAAUUAUACCAAUACCAUUAGAUCAAACCGUUUUGACGUCUGAUUAA